UAUUUUAUUGAUAUCCUCCAGGCUUCACCGUUCUCCGCCAAUUCCCAAUCUCCCUUCUCCAUAGCUUCUAAAGACCUCAAUAUCCGUUCCUCACCAUAACCCUCCGAUUCUAGGGUUAGGAUUUUCACCUCUUCUUCUUCUUUUUCUUCUUCUUCUUCUCCUUCUACCAUUUUCCCUUUCCAAUUUUCUCUUCAACUGUCUGUUCACUCGUUGCUUUUCUUUUUCGAUUUACGUUCUCGAUCUCGAUCUGUGCUUCUCUUCAAUGGAUAUGCGCAAACGAGGGAGGCCCGAUGCUGCCUUCAAUACUAAUGGUGCCUUUAAGAAGCAUAAGCAAGAACUGGAGUCCUUAUCAACUGUAGGGAGCAAAUCGAAGCCAUGCACCAAGUUUUUCAGUACCGCUGGUUGUCCAUUUGGUGAAAGCUGCCACUUCUUGCACUAUGUUCCUGGCGGUUAUAAUGUGGUGGCUCAAAUGAUGAAUCUUGCUCCUGUUGGUUCUCAACCAUCUAGAAAUAUGCCUGCCCCACCUGUCACCAACGGUGGGUCCUCUGCUCCGUCCCAAGUCAAAUCUCGCAUGUGCAACAAGUACAACACUGCUGAAGGCUGCAAGUUUGGUGAUAAAUGCAACUUUGCCCAUGGAGAGUGGGAACUUGGGAGGCCUAACCCUCCAUCUCACGAUAAUCCCCGUGCUAUGGGAGGAGGUGGUGGAGGAGGACAUAUGGUUGGUCGUAUGGGUGGGCGAAUGGACCUUCCGCCACCAGGUCCUGCUGCAAGCUUUGGCGCUUCAGCUACCGCAAAGAUCAGUAUAGAUGCCUCCCUUGCUGGAGCGAUCAUUGGCAAAGGUGGGAUCAACUCCAAACAGAUCUGUCGCCAAACGGGUGCGAAACUUUCCAUCAGGGACCAUGAAUUGGACCCGAACCUGAGAAACAUAGAACUGGAGGGCACUUUUGAGCAAAUCAAUGAAGCAAGUGCAAUGGUGAGGGAGCUUAUUAUCACAGUUUCGAUGACAGGACCAGGUAAAGCACCUGGGGGAAUGGGAGGAGGUCCCGCGCCUACGGGUAGCAACUAUAAAACAAAGCUGUGUGAUAAUUUUGCAAAAGGUUCUUGUACUUUUGGUGAGAGAUGCCAUUUUGCGCACGGGGCAGCUGAGUUACGCAAGUCUGGAGUAUGAUCGAGUUCCCGAUUUUGCCUAGUUUUUAUCAAAAGGGAGGUUUUUGCUUUAAAGCGUUCAAUUGACACGAGUGCGAUAUUGAAGUUGGGGAGGGUUGUGGUUCUGGUUCUUAUGUUGUAGCUUUGUGAGAGUAUCUUUUUGGCAUUCCUUGAUUAGAAGAUAAUUAAGUUAUUUAUUUUAAUGAUUGCUAAUCAUUUUCAUUGCCCGUAACGUAACAUUACAUCA